AACAACCUUGCAGACAUAAUCAACGUUUCAUGUCCAUCAAAUGACGUGUCAUGCGAGGUGUCCUCUGCUCCUGAUGUCUCUGAAGGAAGAAGUAGAUCGGAACAAGCACUGCGAGUUUGGGCACUUGAUCACAAUAUCACUCACAUCGCUUUGAAGGAUUUGCUACAUUUGAUCUCAGUAGAAUAUAACGAUACUAGUCUACCUCAAGACCCCAGAACCCUUUUGAACACUCCACAAAACACGGGAAAGCAAUGCCUGCCAAUAGCUGGUGGUACAUAUUGGCAUCACGGCGUCAAACAGUGUUUAACAAAUUGGUUUGGAGAUCUAUCUGAAGAUAUCAAUAUUAGUAUUAAUAUUAAUAUUGAUGGUUUGCCUAUCCAUAAGAGCUCAAAGUUUCAACUCUGGCCCAUUUUGUGUAACGUACAUGAGUAUCCAAAUCUACAAACAUUGCCUAUUGGUAUAUUUCUCGGUAAAAGCAAACCCGCUGAUCUCGAAGAAUUCCUUACGCCUUUUGUGGAUGAAAUAAUUCCAAUAAUCGAAGAAGGACUUGUUGUUAAUCAUCACACAGUAAUACUUAAGAUUAGAAGUUUUAUUUGCGACUCACCUGCAAGAGCUUUUGUCAAAGGUGUGGUGAAUUUCAACGGAAAAGAAGGAUGUCUAAAAUGCACAAUACAUGGAGAAUAUUCGCAAGUUUCCAGAACAGUUGUGUUUCCAUAUCUGCAUUGCGCUUUGCGUACUGAUGAACAAUUUCGUCAAAAAGCAUACGAAAAUCAUCAAAGUGGUCCGGAUACUCCUUUACUAAAAAUCCCACAUUUGGACAUGAUUCAAGAUUUCGUUAUUGCCGAUUCACUUCACCUAUUGGAACUAGGGGUAAUGAAACGCCUUUUAACUGGAUGGAGAGAUGGCUACUUUGGAUUUACUGGAAAGUUGAGUGCCUUUCAAACACAAUGCUUAUCAUCUGCAAUUUGUGAUGUGAAGCUACCCAAAGAAAUUCACCGUAAACUACGAGGGCUGGACUGUCUUGCAUUUUGGAAAGGUACUGAGUGGCGUUCCUUUUUGUUGUAUGCUGGGAUCGUUGUUCUAAAAGACGUAUUGGAUGAGAAAUUGUACAAACAUUUUCUGUUGUUCUUUACUGCAGUAACUAUUUGCUCAUCGGACAUGUAUGCACAUAUGCGGGCAGUCGCACAAGCCCUUUUCGAAAAAUUUAUUGAAGAGUUCAAGACAAUCUAUGGAGAACAAUAUAUCACUAGUAACAUUCACAAUCUGGAACAUGUGGUAAACGAUGUGAAUCGUUUUGGUUCGUUAAAUACCAUAUCCGCUUAUCCGUUUGAGAGUUAUUUAUUCCAAAUCAAAAAACUUCUUCGGCAGGGCAACAAUUGCUUGGAGCAAGUAAUAAACAGAAUGCUCGAAAAACAAUCUGUAAAAAAAAAUAACACAAAUCCUUUUUCCAAAUUCGUUCCGAAUCUGGUUACCCGGAACGGAAUAGUAGAAUGUGAAGUUCAAGCAGGAGUAUUUAUCAGUAACACAUCUAGAAACUCGUGGUUUUUGACACGAAAUUUAGAAAUUGUGCAAAUGGUAGAUGGUUCGAUUGAUUCGAAUAACGACAUAAACAUAAUUGGUCGUCCCGUCAAAACCUAUUCAAACUUUUUCGAGAUUCCGAUUAAAUCAUCACAUUUGUACAUAUUUAUGGCAGGGUUGAGUAUGAACAAUAAGAAAUCUUACGGUGUAAACGAUGUUCUUUGUAAGUUCGUUGCAGUUCCAUAUCGCGGCAAACAUUUUGUAUUUGUACCGCUACUUCACACGAUAAAUGUAUCCCCUAAAUAA